CACGGCUCACAGGCUGAGGCUAAGGCUACAUGCUACAUGCUACAUUCAUCUUGUUGUUGUUAUUCUUGUUUGCUUUGCACUUUAUUUGCUUUGCACAAGUAUUUAAGUAAGUAUAGUUUGCAGUGCGAGCGAGUGCAGUUUGACAGUGACAAGUCACUAGUCACAACUUACGAAUUACGAUUUACUGUCAGUACAGUAGGGCCUACUCAGUUUUUCAGUUAGUUUUGAAUAGAUAAUAGAUUGAGUUGGAUACCAACAAAAGUUAAGCUGUUACUGUUAGUUUUUGGAACACUUUCCUUUCAUAAUGAAAGUAUCAAGUAAAUAUAAAAAUAACAUUUUUAGACACAUUUGUGAACAACCUUACAAUGAACGGACAAGGUUGAAGCUUUACAACAGCGCUAAAGCUUAUUUGUGGUGUAGGAAACCUGAACUUCAUACAGCGGCUAGCCUUGCGACAAUCACUCCCCGUCCACAAUGGUUGUGUCAACUGUAUCUGCUGGAACGACACUGGGGAAUACCUGCUGUCUGGUUCCGAUGAUCAACAUCUGGUCAUAUCUCACGCCUACAGUUAUAAGAUGUUAACAGAUUACAAAACUAGCCAUAGAGCAAAUAUAUUCAGUGCCAAGUUUCUACCAUGUAGUGGAGAUAAAAAUAUAGUUUCUUGUUCUGGAGACGGCAUGAUAUUGUUUACAGACUUGUUCAGAUCUACAGAGACCUGUAACAACCAGUUCAAUUGCCACAAAGGUACGACUUACGAGAUAGCGACAGUUCCUAAUGAGCCUCACACUUUCCUCAGCUGUGGAGAGGACUACACAGUUAGAUACUACGACCUGAGAGUCAAGGAGAAGUGCUACAAGGAAAACUGUGACGAGGACGUACUGAUAUCGUGUCAGAGAGCCGUAACUGCUCUAGCCAUCAACAACAUCCGUCCCUACCAGAUGGCCAUCGGAUGUUCUGACAGCACUGUCAGGAUAUUUGACCGCAGGAUGAUUGGCACCAAGUCUUCUGGAAGGGCUGGAGGUCGCAGUCCAAGGCCGUUUGUAUCUUUCACAGCCCCAGGCAUGGAGGACCGCAGUUACCGCAUUACAUCCCUUGGCUUCUCACCACAGGGGGAGGAUGUAUUGGUCAGUUACUCCUCAGAACACCUCUACCUGUUCAGCAUCAAGGACGAAUGUUCCACGGAGUAUUCUGUUGAAGCCAGUGGAGAUGAGGAGGAAGAAGAGGCUUCUAAGCCUAUGAGUGGACUUCCCCCUGUGAGGAGACUAAGACUGCGAGGUGAUUGGUCUGACACUGGACCUGACGCACGGCCAGAGCGGGAUACAGGCAGGUCUACAGAUGCUGCACAAGCCCGACCAACACUGCACGCCACACUGAUGCAGCGAAUGACUGAUGUAUUAUCUCGGAUGUUGAAUGAUCCGGCGACCAGGGCUGCUCUCAGUCAUGGAGGGGACGAUGAUAACACAGAGUUCAUUGUAGAUAAUAACAGAAGUGAUCGGCCAGAAGAGAGCUCUGGUGUCAGAAGCCCAUCACUUACUGGAAACGAUGUACCAGUAGCAGUAUCCAUUGAAGGAAUAUACUCAGAAUCAAGUUCACAACCGGAUGCAGAGACGGCUGAUGUGACCACAGAGUCAUCACAGGUGAGAUGGUCUCCUCCCCUCGCCUCUCCUACCCCUACAGCUGCUGAGGACUCUGUCUCUCUACCAUCCUUUGAAUCGUCCUUCACCCCUCCCACUCCCCCAACCAUCAGUCCCCCAGACAGUCAACCGUCCACGUCUGCUGCUGGUAGUGGUGGUGACGCCAGUACCAGUGGCACCAGGGACCCCAACCUCAGUACUCUCACUGACCAGCUGUCCACCAUGCGGCACGGCUUCAUUGAGAGGCAUGGGACGGAGCCUGUAGUGAACCUGAUGUACUCAGACAAAGGGAUGGACGCAUCUAGAAUCUCUCUCUCUGUGGCUGACGAAGUAAACCGUGAAACUGUGAUAGACUUACCUGGGCCCAGUUCUAUGCCAAGCCCGACUGACUCUACAGCCUCACCUCCUCUGCCUCAUCCAGAGCCUUCUGACACAGACUGCCCAAUGCAGAUGGACUCUGAUGAACCACUCCCAACACCAAGCACACCAAGAAGGAGCUCUAGUCAAAGAAAAACUCACCCAAUCGAGGAAGAAAUGGAGAGAGCAGUUAGGAACGCCUUUAGAGGAACAUUGCAGAACUCAAUCGACGACAGAGUGAAAGUGCGCAAGCCCUCCGUCAAACAAAAGUACACAGGUCAUCGAAACGCAAGGUUCUUUUGCAGGACCAUGAUCAAGGAAGCCACAUUCUGGGGUGAUGACUACGUGAUGAGUGGCUCAGACUGUGGCCAUGUGUUUGUGUGGGAGAGAGAGACAGCACGUCUGGUCAUGUUACUGGAAGCAGACCAUCACGUAGUCAACUGUCUACAACCUCACCCCUACCUCCCUCUGCUGGCCACAAGUGGUAUAGACUACGACGUCAAGCUGUGGGCGCCACUGCAGCCUGAGCCUAACUUCAACCUGGAGAUGGCCGAGGAGCUAGUAAAACGCAAUGAAGUGAUGCUAGAAGAAACCAAAGACACUAUAACAGUCCCCGCGUCAUUCAUGAUCAGAAUGUUAGCCUGCCUCAAUCAGAUCAGGAGAGGGGCCAGAUCUCGAAACCGACGCCGCGACAACAGCAGUAGCAGCGAUCAACACCAAGAGUAAAUAGUUACUAACUUAUAUAAUUUAAAUUAACUUUCAUAUAAAAAAUCUACAACUUUCGCUAAAUCCCAGCAAUAAGUUCAGUUCAUUUUUAAGUUGUCAUGUUUACUGGUAAGGUGUGUAGUGCUUUUGUUUGUUGGUUUUUUACACCAUCUUUCUUAAGUUGAUUGUUAUUUUGAUAGGUUUAUCGAGGGUAUUGUAUUAAAGUCACCACAAAAUUACCAGCAGGGAUUUAUAAUCAAAUAAAUGUAAUGAAUUAGCUUUACUGCUUCUCACAAGGUCUGUAUUCAGUAUUUUCUUCUUGGCAGUCCGUCUCAAGCUGUUUAUUUUCUUUUUGUUGUUUUAUAGUUUUAUAUUAUAUUAUUAUUUAUCUAUUAUUUUAUUUUUACUGUAAAAUAUUUUUCAUAAAGUGCCUAAAUGUAAUAUACAUAUAUUUCUUAAAAUAUCUUAUUAGGCCUCUGUAUGAUCUCCACUUAAAAUAUUUAUUUGUUUGAGGUUUGUAGUAAUUUUAUUUAAUGUUUCUGUUUCUUUUUUGAAUUGGUGUGCGAGUGUAAUUGGUAUCUUAUAACACUAAAAAUAAAAAACUACUUGGAAAUAUAAUUUGUAUAUUGCAGUACUUUUGUCUCUGAAUCUAGAUUUCAUUCUUCUAAAAAUAGAUUACAUUCUUAUGUUUAAAAGCUCCAAUGAAAACCGGCUAAAUUGGCCGUUGUUUGGCAUUAAGUUCUGAUAAUGAUACAUGAGAAUCAUAAACAAAAACUUACAGGGUGAUUAUGAAUAAAGUUGUUCAAGUAUCUGUUAUUUCAUUUCAUUCAAGUAGUUGUUCAAGAAGUUCAAUUCAAGAAGUUUCAUUCAAGUAGUUGUGUCAUUUAUAUGCCACAAAAUUAUCAACAACAUAAUGACUUAUAAGAUAUUGUAAAUGAAUUCGCACACUUCUACCUAUUUUGUUUUAGAUUGUAAAUUAGUAUUUAAAAGAAAAAUAUUAAUAUUAAAGCCAAACAACAACGUUGUUGUGACCUGUUAACAUCUUAAUCUGUAGGUGAUUUGUGCUCUUAAUACUUGGAUAUACUAUAUGAAAAUCUCUUUCUAUGAUUACAAUUAAUUAAUUAUUGAUUGGUUUUGGCUUUUUUUUCAAAGUACAAGUAUAUAAUCCUGGUAUCCUAACAAAACAUUACAAUGGAGUGUUUGUACAUUUAGGAAGAGAAAAGUAUAUUUUGUAUUAGGUCUUAAUAAAUCCUUUUCA